AUGCCCAAUUACAAUGGUACAGUCUUCAUGCCCUCAGUGUUGAUACUGCUUGGCAUCCCUGGCUUGGAGUCUGUGCAGUUCUGGAUUGGGAUUCCUUUCUGUGCCAUGUACAUUGUUGCUCUGUUUGGAAAUGCCUUGAUCUUGAUCAUCAUCAAAUCUGAGCGCAGCCUCCAUGAGCCCAUGUAUCUCUUCCUGGCAAUGCUUGCAGCAACAGACAUUGCUCUCAGUACCUGCAUCUUACCCAAAAUGCUAGGAAUCUUCUGGUUUCAUAUGCCACAGAUACACUUUGACGUCUGUCUCUUUCAGAUGUGGCUCAUUCACACCUUUCAGUGUAUUGAGUCAGGAAUUCUGCUGGCCAUGGCUCUGGAUCGCUAUGUGGCAAUCUGUGACCCUCUGAGACACUCAACAAUCUUUACCCACCAGCUUCUCACUCAGAUUGGAGUUGCAGUGACACUCCGAGCAGUCAUCCUUGUAGCUCCAUGUCUCAUCCUCAUCAAGUGCCGACUGAAACACUACUGGAGCACAGUGGUCUCCCAUUCCUACUGUGAACACAUGGCCAUUGUGAAGUUGGCCAUAGAGGAUGUUAAAACAAACAAAAUAUAUGGUUUAUUUGUAGCUUUCUCUGUACUUGGAUUUGAUAGCAUCUUCAUCACACUCUCCUACAUCCAGAUAUUUGUAACGGUGUUCAACCUACCUCAGAGGGAAGCUAAAGGCAAAGCAUUCAACACCUGUAUUCCACACAUCUGUGUUUUCCUGGAGUUUUAUCUCCUGGCAUUUUUCUCCUUUUUUACACACAGGUUCGGGUUCCAUAUUCCACCCUAUAUCCAUAUUCUUCUUUCCAACCUUUACUUGCUUGUUCCACCAUUGCUCAAUCCUAUUGUGUAUGGAGUGAAAACCAAACAGAUUCGAGAUCGUGUGUCCAAGAUGUUCUACCCAAAGGAAGCUUCUUGA